AUGGCUACCAAUAUCGGCGGCAUCGGAGUCCUGUUCAAAGAAGCAAACCGUGACUUCAGUAAGCGAUGGUGCCAAUUUGGCCCAUGCAAAGAGACACUUCCCAAAGGAUGGCAGAAAGCAGAAGGACGACGGGCGUUGGACGAAGAUUUGAUCUUCGAGAGAGAUGUUCCCCUCACUCUGCGAGACGGUGUCACAAUCUGGGCAGAUGUUUUCCGACCGGUCACCUCGGACCAUCAGCCUGUGCCGGCCAUCUUCGCAUGGAGCCCUUAUGGAAAGCAAGGCAAUGGCUUUCAGAGCCUUGAUAGGAUCCCCUGGCGCGCCGGGAUCCCCAGAGAUUGGACCAGUGAUCUCGAAAAAUUCGAGGCUUUGGAUCCGGCGGAAUGGUGUCCUCGGGGCUAUGCGAUUGUCAAUGUGGAUUCCCGUGGCGUCUUUGAUUCUGACGGAGACAUGUACAUGCUGGGAACGCAAGAGGGCCGUGAUGGAUAUGAUGCCGUCGAGUGCAUCGCUGCUCAGCACUGGUGCAACGGAGCUGUCGCUUUUGCAGGCAACUCAUACCUGGCUGCCGCUCAGUGGUUUAUUGCUGCGGAGCGCCCUCCUCACUUGAAAGCCAUUGCCCCCUGGGAGGGCUUUGCAAAUUUUUAUCAUGAACUGCUCGGUAGAGGUGGCAUUCCAAACCCUGCCUUUGUUGAUUACCGUGGUAGCGGCUACUGUGGCAAGAACCGACAGGAAGAUACAGGUGCCAUGAUCCGUCGAUAUCCGCUUUGGAACCAAUACUGGGACGACAAGAGUGCCAAAUUUGACCAGAUCGACGUCCCGGUUUACGCUGUGGCGAGCUUCUCGACCAUGCUACACACCGAGGGCACGAUAAGAGGGUUCUUGUUCUCGUCAUCAAAAGACAAGUGGUUACGGAUUAUCCACACCCAGGAGUGGCAUGACAUAUACCAGAAAUGGGCGAACGAUGACCUGCAAAAGUUCUUCGAUCGAUACCUUUACGGAAAGGCCAGUGGCUGGGAGUCGACGCCCAAAGUACGCCACUGUUUACUCGGGUUUAACCGUAAUUGUAUCGUGAAUAGGCCCGAGCCUGUAUAUCCACCCAGCUAUGUUCAGCAUCGGAGGUUCUUCUUGAACUGCCAGACCGCAACGCUGAUUGAAGGAAGAGCUCCAGGCGAGGUCUCUUCGGUCGGCUACCAAUCCGACUCCUGGGAUGACGACGGGGUGCACUUCCGUCACAGAUUCAGCGCCUAUACCGAACUGAUCGGGUUUUCCCAGGUCAAAUUGUACAUGUCUUGUGCCGAAACCGAUGACCUAGAUGUCUAUGUCAUUCUGCGUAAGCUCGAUACAGACGGCCAGCCAUUGCUGCAGAUGAACAUUCCGCUCGAGAGUCUCCCACCAGGGACUGCGUCUUCAGACGUUCCAGACCUGAACAUUUUCAAAUACGUGGGCCCCAAUGGCAGACUUCGAGCUUCCCACCGGCGGCUGAGCGCUGAUCCGACCCUGUCCAAGGAGCAAAGCUCGAUGCUUGCUCCUGCUUUGGCCUGGCAUUCUCACGAAGUAGAGGAAAAGAUUCCGCCGGGUCAGACCGUUUGCCUUGACAUCCCAUUAUGGCCGUCUGGCAUCAUUUUCGAACGCGGGGAGUCCAUCCGGCUGGAGAUAAAAGGACACGAGGUGACACUGCCAGAAUUUCCUGCAUUGGAUCGCGUCCCAACAAACCUCAACCGCGGGAAGCAUGUCGUCCACUCGGGGCCCGAAUAUCCAUCCUCGAUAGUGCUUUCUCUAGCAUCUGGGGGCUCAGCGAAGUAGGAAAUAGGCAGCAUUAAGCCACAGCUUGAUAGUGGCGCAAGCAACAGGAGGACAAGGUGUUCGCCAGGCAGAGUGGG